AUGGCGUUUGAAAAAUUAUACUACGAUCCGUCGCAUAACGCGGGCUAUUCGGCGGUGGAUAAUCUAACUCGUGCUGUUAAACCGAAUUUCUCACGAGGAGAAGUCGUGCGCUGGCUCAAAUCGCAAGACGCGUACAUGUUGCACCGAUCAUUGCGUAGAAAAUUUCCACGAUUGCAUUACAACGUAACAAACAUCGACGAUAUGUGGGAGGCAGAUUUGAUGGAACUCCGAAAUUUAAAAAGUUACAAGGACUGUUAUUCCUAUCUGUUAGUAAUUAUCGAUGUACUAAGUAAAUACGUAUGGGUAGAACUGUUACGCGACAAAACAAGUAACUGCGCGAUAAAAGCUUUUCAACACGUACUAGCGAAAAGCGAAGGACGAGUACUUGUAUAUCUACAAACGAACAAGGGUAACGAAUUUGUCGCGCAAUCAAUGCAGAAAUUUCUUAAAGAAAACGACAUUUGUUUUCGGGUAACACGCAAUCCAGACGUCAAAGCCGCCAUCGUUGAACGCUUCAACAGAACACUGAAGGAACGAAUGUGGAGUUAUUUUACGCAUAAAAAUACGCGACGCUACAUCGAUGUCCUGCAGGACAUUGCACAUGUUUACAAUCAUACGCGUCACGCGUCCACGAGAAUGCAACCUGCGAUAGUAACGAGACAAAACGCACGUAUCGCUCGUGAAAAUAUAGUUCGUCGUUGGAAAAACGAAACGUUAAAGAAACAGGUGCGAAAGGUUAAAUAUCGCGCCGGAGAUCUCGUUCAUAUCAGUAGAGCCAAAGGUGCCUUCGUGAAAAGGUACGAGGCUAAGUGGAGCGAGGAGAUAUUUCAAAUUUAUCGUGUUCUCGAUUGGCGAAACCCUCACGUGUACGAACUACGAGAUUUAGCAGGCGAAGUCAUAGAUGGUAUUUUUUAUGAGCAAGAAUUAGCUCGAGUUGAGAAAAAUGUAGAAGAAGAACAGUUUAUCGUCGAUCGCGUGAUGAAGAGUAGAGGACGAGAAGCUAAUAAGCAAGUGCUUGUUAGUUGGCGCGGUUAUCCCAGUAAGUUUGAUAGUUGGAUUCCGGCUUCGAAUUUAAUAUCUCUUCGCGAUGGAGGAGGAACAAUUCCUUCUGGUACUUCCGAGUACAGCAGUAUGCGUCAUUUUCCGGAUAAUACAACUUCAUCCUUCAUCACGGAAUUACCUCGUUCUAUCGUGUUACACGAACAAUAA